AUGGCAUAUUUGCAGGGCAAGCCUGAUAGAGAAGGAGAAGAACCGUUGGUCGCGUGGCUCUGUGACAAGUAUGGCGAUGGACCCUUAAAAACUAUUGAUGGACCCCGGGAUCCGGCGACAAACAAAUUGAUAGUGCCGUCGAGAGACUUUGUUGAGGGUAAUUUCCGGAUGACACACUCUCCAAAUGGUACAUACGCUGAGAUGGUGAUCCCUCAAGACCAUGGAGAUGCCUCUCAUGCUCCGCCGCUUAAGCGGAGAAUACCAGCCGCAAGAAGUCCGCCGCAGGGUACGCCGAAUCGAGUCCGUGAGAUAUAUUCUCUUCAAGGUGAAAGGUCAAAUUGGCAGGCAAGACAACAGCAUCAUUCUCCAUCUAAAUCCGUGGUCCAGUCAUAUAAAUAUGCACCACAUUCGCAGUAUGAGUCUCCUACAACCGUCGCUCACUUUGAUCAAAGUUUGGUGAAGCAUCGACAGAGGCCGAAUACAUCAGCGAGGCCUUCAGGUUCACGACCCUCGUCUGCGGCUGCCAGCUCAAGGCAGUUACGUAGUAGCUCCGUUAAUCAGCCAAGGCCGUUGCGUAGGUCUCAGCCACGUGGAAUGUCUGGAUCGUCGACCCGUGCUAUAAAUCCUCAAGCAAGUGAUGUGGUAACCAAUAGUUUUACGUCUGCAAAAGUCAUAGAAGCUGCCCUUGAGAACGUCCAGGACAAGAGCUGCAUCAAGUUCCGGUCUCUUUUUAGCAAAAAUGGAGCAAAGGAGCUGGUUGACUACCUAGAAGGCCGCGUACACCUCGGGAAGAACGAUUUCAAUUUCGUUCAACAGAGGGCUGAGCGAGGCAGGACGAAGGUUAUUGUCGAGAUAGCAAGCCGCUCACUUGCUAAGGAAGUACUUCAGGAACUCCACAAUAGUUUUAUUGGCGGAGGUAAGAUCAAGGUGGUAAGUAACUUGACUAAUAAUAGCAGCUUCGACAGUGCAGCUCAGGCUUCGUCACCGACUAGGACAGAUAAGAAGACAAGGAUAGAGCCAACGAUAUGCAACGGAUCUUAG